AUGAGCUCUGGCCUCCCGCUCCGCGACCGUCUCCAGUCCAACUCGCCUGACCCGCCCCCGCCUGGCAGCCCAUGGCUCGGUCGUCCGACCACCCCGCUCCGUAUCGCCAAGCGCGACUCGCCGCAGGGUGCCCACCUGUCCCGCCGCCAGUCAUCCAGCUACAAGCAUCUGCGCACCAACAAUCUUGUCUCCAAGUCUCCCUUCAGGUCCCAGCUCCCCACGCCAGCCAAAUUGACCCCCUCUAGACCCACACCUGCUCGACAAUCUGCCGGGCUCUCUCCCUCGCCGCGUAAAGUGAGUGGCGAGAAACGUCCGCGCCCCCACUCCAUGGUUGCCACCGAGAACGAGCACCCUCUCGGCUUCAAGAGACGCCAGUCCCGGGCUUUCCAGGGCUUGCUCGAGAAGGAGCCCGUCACCAAGAGCCCCUUCAGGGUAGUCCCCCCCGAGAUCGACUCCGACGACGCGCUCCCACCUCCGCUGCCUCCCAAGCUCACUCGCAUCCCUGUUGCAUCUGCCUCGCCCGGUCGGUCCUCGCUCGUCUCCAAGCGCCUCCAUGGUCCGCGCACCGUCGGGAACGGUUCGUUCAGUCGCCGUCAACGCCGCAAAACUGUGACGUUCGACGAGCACUGCGACGUUCUCGAGUUUCACGUCGAAGAACACGAGAUAGGCGAGGACGUCAUAUCGACCGAUGAGGAGUCUGGCGACGACGAGGAGGGCGUACUGCAGCCGAUAGAACCUCAUCUCCUUCCGGACGCACCGUCUCCCACCAACGAAAGCUUUGACAGCUCGCACGCCGCUAAUGACAGUAUCACAGGGCUCGUUGAGACUCUCCUGCAAGAUACGGAUGACCCGCACACCCCGCCUCGCCGCGAAAGCUCCCUCCCUCCCGACACCGACACCGAAGACGGCAUUCCCUUCGGGCGCACACAUCAUUCCGAAAGGCUGAACGCCGCCCACCAGUCAGAUCCCAUCCACGACGCUUAUCCUGGGCCGGAGCCCCUCGGCAUGUCAACAUCGACCCCUCCCCGCUCCCGAUCUACGUCUCCCAUUAUCGAUGUUGGAUCGCCUUCCCGCAGCUUUAGUGGCACACCGGAACGUCCCAGUGCGAGCGAGCUUGAUGAGGAUGUACGCAUGCUUCCACCUUCUCCCUCUCCUGCUAAACGACCGAGCAAGGCGUUCGGCGUCCCGGGCGAGCAUGUCUUGGUACCGAGAUUCUCGCUCGAGCAAGUGAAGCUCGGUGGCACAACUUCCUUCGUAGAGGAUCCGUUUUCCGUGCCACACAUCAAGGAGGAAUCAGUGCCGCCUGAGAUCUCGUUUGCGUCUGGCGGCUCGGACGACUGCAUGGACCCUGCGAACUUGUCCAUCGGACAUUCCGAGGUUUCUUUGGAAGGCCUCGACCGUGAACAGACAUCGCGCGAGGAAGAUGCCACAGACGACGAAGAACUUCUCCCACCACAACCGCCGUUCUUUGCCAUGAAGCAGGACGAUGGCGUUGUCUCCUCGCGUACGUCGACCCCGCUGGAGCGCAGUGACUCGCACGCGUCAACGGCCCAGGACUUCAACUUUACAUCGCCGAUUACCUUGAUGCGGUCGAGUUCGCCGCGUCGCGAGAUACAUAUGCCGAAAGCCAUUCGACCGGGAGACUCGCUCACUCCCGAGAAGAUCAUGUCUUCGCCCAGGGCAUCUCCCAGGGCAUCCUCCGCGAACGGCUCGAACACCAGCAGGCCGGCCUCGCGCAGCUGGAGCAUGGAUCUUGAAACGACGUCUGGCCACCCGCUGCGUGAGCAGACUCCCGGAGAGGUUGAGGACGUUGUACCGCAGAGAGAGGAGGCAACGAAUGGCAUCGUCCCCGAGGACGACAUGAGUAUGGACGAAGAUCGUCGCAGCAACGCCAGCACGGUCAGCGACCACAGCGUUCGGGAGCCGCCUCCACUGAGCAGGGAGAAGAACUACACCUACGACGGCGUCAUGUCCCUCGAUCCCAACCCGCAGCCGAUCGACCCGCCGCGCCCGAACGUCCUCAUCCGUGCGCAGAGCGAUGUCGAGGACCGGUCUGUGUUUCAGGGCAUCCAGAUGGACUUCGACCACAGCACGUUCGGGCUCGGCCAGGACGACAUGUUUGGCAGAGCAGGCUCGGCAUCCAGCAGGGGCAACGUGCACUUGGGUGACGUGAGCGCGCUGGACAGGCUCAUGGAGAACGUCGCGCAGGGGUUACCCGGUGACACGGGUGCGGAGCUCCAGGCGAUGCAGGAAACUGAAGACGGGCAAGCUGACGAUGCUGCGAUGGCCUCUCCCGUGCACGCGAACGACCGUGAACAGCGCGCCGCCGCCUCCGCCCCCAAGGAGGCUAUUCGUGCGCGGGAGGAUCUGAUCAAGGCGAAGAAGCGCGAGGCAAAGCGCAAGGACGAACUCGCAUCGCUGGGACACUCGACUCCCAGUGCCGUACAGGCGAGGCGUGCAGGUCGCCCGAGCAGGCGCAGGAGUAUGAGUACGGGCGAUGCAGAGGAUUUGCUCACGCGGACACCAGCGGCUCAGCGCCGAGCGGCUGCGCUGAGGUGCGAAGGCCUCCUCGACGAUCUGAACAUGGCGCAGGAGGACGAUCCGCUUGCGGACAGUAUCAACCGGGAGUUGCGCAAGCUCGAGGAUCCGACCAAGAGCAAGUAUCACAUUCGUCAACAUCAGGAGACCAUCUACGCAAGUUCCGAUGCGGAGCAGAUCUCUCAUGUAGGCAACGCAGGUGACGUCAACGGGGGAAAGGCUUGGAGGAUCGUGAAGCGGCCCUCCGACAUGAACGAAUACGCGAGGCAACUCAAGGAGCUACGUGCGCAGGACAAGUCAGGAAAGGCACACGGCAAGGUGUUCGUCAGAGUGACCGGUCUAAAGGGGGUUCAGGUGCCUCUUCCGCGGGAGCCAACCAUCAUAACGUGUACGCUGAACAACGGCAUCCACUUCGUCACCACUCCGGAGUGUCGCUUGGGCAAGGAUUGUCGUAUCGAGCAAGAAUUUGAGCUAAUCGAGCACAGCAAGCUCGAGUUCACGCUUACGAUCAAAGUUCGACGUGACCCGCAUGUGGUGGCGCAGUUCAAAGCAAACACUCCGCCACCUCCUCCCGCUCCAUCCGUCGCUGCUCGCCCUGUUCCGCCCCCCUCCAAAGGCGGAAUGCUGAAUUUCUUCCGCUCUUCGUCGCCGAAGAAGCCUGCCAGGCCAAUGUCUGCCCCCGCUGUGCCUGUACCGGAGUUCAAGCUCGUUAAUAACUUGGCCCGCUACCUCAAACCUGACGGCACACUAGCUCGUGCCUUCAUUUCCUUCCGUGACAUCGCCCAUCGAUGCGAUGCAACACGUUUUGAGGUCGCAUAUCCUCUGAUCGGGCAGCGCCUCGAAUCACGGACAUCCACCCGGACUUUCCAGGUGGGCGAGAUUAUGCUGCAGAUUUUCCGGCUACCGCCUCUGCCUGGCAUUCCAUCUGAGCAGCUGCCGCAAAGCCUAGAUGAGUGCCACAAGGGCUUACGCCAUUGCAACUGGCACAAGCAGACGUAUUUCGAGGGCACGUUGACGCAGUCUGGAGGCGAUUGUAUGUCUUGGCGUCGACGGCAUUUGAGACUGGUCGGCGCGAACCUGGUUGCGUACAACGAUGUCACGAAGAAGGUAACGGCAACUAUUGACCUGCGCAAAGCUGUGUCGGUGGAGGAUGACGACGUGGCGAAGAACGCUCUCAGUCCCCAGUCGGGAGUGAGCAACCGCAGUCGACAUGUAGACGAACUUGACAUUCCAUAUGGUGUUGAGCGGUCUUUCCGGCUUGUUUUCCUCCACGACCAAGAGAUCACCUUCUUCGCUGACACGGAGGAGGAGAAGAGCAGAUGGGUUGAGACACUGCGAGCUCUUGUGGGGCGGGUGCCGCAGAAUCCACUGUGGGCGGAGAUGUUGUGGCAGAGACAAGAAGCUGGGAAGCACACACAGGGCCAUGGUGUUCUUGCACUACAUCAUUAA